UCCUGGGCCAGCCUUGGGCCGCCUGGGUCCGGGAGGCCGCCCUUCCGCACACGCACUGCGCCGCCCCCCCGCACAGUGUAGAGCUAGAAGAUACUGGAAAAGAGGGUGGAAAAAGCAGGGAGGUGAUGAGGCUUAAUAAAGAAGAUAUGCACUUAUUUGGCCAUUAUCCAGCUCACGAUGAUUUCUAUCUAGUAGUGUGCAAUAUCUGCAAUCAGGUAGUCAAGCCACAGGUUUUCCAGUCACACUGCGAACGAAGACACGGUUCAAUGUGUAAACCUUCCCCAUCUCCAGCUUCUCCACCCUGCAAUUCCAGGGCAUCACUAAUACAGAUGAAACCGAAAUCCUGUAUCAGCGGCCAUAACCCCAUCAACAGCAACUCAAAGCCAUUCAAAAUGCCCAAAGACAAUCUAAUUACCUCCACUAACAAACAGCACAUGAUCUUUUCUUCAAAAGUAUCAAGGGAUAAACCUUGUGUUCCUGUUCCAGUAGUCAGUCUAGAGAAAAUUCCUAAUCUAGUGAAGGCAGAUGGUGCCAAUAUUAAAAUGAACUCUACAACCACUACCACCAUCACCACCUCCUCAGCCUCUUCAUCCACCAUACCUGCUCCAAUUAAAUCUGCUUUGACAUCUAAAUCAGUGCCACCAUCACCAGAAAAGAUACUGAACGGCAAAGGAGUCAUAGCUCCCUCAGUAGACAAGAAGCACCAAAAUGGCACUAAAAACAGUAACAAGUCUUACAAGAGAGUCUCAGAACGGGAAUUUGACCCAAAUAAGCACUGUGGAGUAUUGGAUCUUGAGUCAAAGAAACCAUGUACAAGAUCACUCACCUGCAAGACGCAUUCACUUAAUCAUCGGCGAGCAGUUCCAGGACGUAAAAAGCAGUUUGACAUAUUGCUAGCUGAACAUAAAGCUCGGUCUCGGGAAAAAGAAGUGGCAAAAGAAAAGGAGCAUCCACAGUCUGUAAGGGAAACACAUCAGAACCAGUCUGUGCCCGUACAAGAUCCUCCAUCUGGUGCAUCAGUUAACUCUGCGCAAGAAUCUAAAGGGACAUCACCUGCAAAAUCUAGACUACCCAAUUCAGUAUUUCCUAGGCCUCCCUCUGCAAACAGCAUAAACAGCACUAGUUCUUUGAAUCACGGUGGAUUUGCACAAGAACUGCCUCUGCCUUCUGUGGGAGGAGAUUUGCCUAGUAGAUUAUCCAGUGACGAGGGGGAAGUAGAUGGACCUGAAGAACCUGAGAAAUUAGACUGCCACUAUUCUGCACACCAUCCUCGACCCCUUGCGUUUUGUUCAUUUGGGAGUCAUUUGAUGGGAAGAGGGUACUAUGUAUUUGACAGAAGAUGGGAUCGUUUUCGACUAGCACUAAACUCCAUGGUAGAAAAACAUUUAAAUUCACAGAUGUGGAAGAAAAUCCCUCCUGCGGUUGAUAGCCCUAUGCCCUCUCCAGCAGCACAUAUCACCACCCCAUAUCCAGCAUCGGUUUUACAGCCUUUCAGUAAUCCCAGUCCAGCAUAUAUUCCUUCGACACCCGUCAGCUCAAGAAUCCCUUCUUCCUACGUAACAAAUUCAGCCAUGUUAUCAAAUCCAACUUUUGUGACGACCUCGGACACAAAUUCCAUUGUGUCACAUACCACAGCUUUCCCUCACAUGGCUUCCAGCCUGAGUAUCAUAGAUCAAACAUUUAAAACACCAUCGGCCAUUUCCCCAGUGCCAGCAGUCAUCCCUUCCCCAUCCCACAAGCCAUCCAAAACAAAAACCAGCAAAUCCUCAAAGGUCAGAGAUCUGUCGUGCCGCAGCGAUGAGUCUUCUGGUAACAAAAAGAAAAAGCCUCCGUCUUCUUCCUCCUCCUCAUCUUUGCAGACUUCUUCUUCCUCAUCUUCAUUUUCAGGGUCUCACAAAAAGAAUUGUGUCUUGAACCCCAGCUCAACACUGAACUUGUAUCAGGCUACAUCGUCCUAUAACAGUAUGUCGGUGCACAGUGCAAACAAUGGAACCGCCCCACUCAGUGCCAAAUCGGAGCCCUCAGGACGGACUUCAUUGUCAAGUAACUCAAAUGACUCAGUGAAACACAUGAGCAUUGUUGUAAGCAGUAUUGACUCCUCUGUACCCUCCCUUGUUCACCAUUCAGGGGACCACUCCCUUGCAGCACACAAUGCAGUGUCUUCUCUCCCCCUUCGUUUUGACAAAUCAGAAGGGAAAAAACGUAAAAACUCUAGUUCUAGUAGCAAAGCCUGUAAAAUCACUAAAAUGCCUGGUAUGAAUAGUGUUCACAAAAAGAGCACUGCCAACCUGAUUUCUACGGUGCCAGAUAUUCCAAACAGCUCCAUCUCCCGGCAGAUUGGAAAAAAUAGUAGUGUAGCUUUGUCUCAAUCCAGUCCUUCAAGUACAUCAAAUCCAGUGCACAACAAACAAAUUUUUUCUGGUAUGAAAAAAGAUGGAAGAAGCAGUGGAAAGACACGGGAGGGUUACAAGUAGAAGAUGACGGUGUCUGGACCCCCCUGUAGUAUUCCGGCAAUGAGGCAGGCCCAUCGCACAAUAAAAGCCUCAUCUGGAAGCACCCUGAAUCUCCAGCAACUGAGAGAAAUGUUAGGAAAACAUUAAACCGGACUGGUAGGAUACGAACCCUUCCAUGACAAGGAAGAGCAACCAGCCUAUCAUCUCAAAAUCUUAGCAGCCCUACUCCAGAGAUUUUUGUUUGUGUCCUGCAGAUAGAUUUAACUUAAUUUUGGGUGGUUUUUUUUUAAUCUACAAAAUUGUAAUAGUGGUUUGUUUUCAUUUCAUUGGCCUCUGAUAUGUGCAAUCUGGUUUGAUUUGAAUUGAUGCCUUUUUAAGCAAAUUGUUGCAUUUCUCCCUUUUUGUUUCUUUUAACAAUGGGAGCAGUGAACAUUCCAAAAUAAUGCUGUUUGGGUUAAAUAGAUAUAUAAUAUAACCCUCCAUUAUUUUCAAAUGUGCAGUAACUUCUGUAUUUAUUAUUGUCCUAUGGAUAAAAAAAUGUUUUGUGCAUUUCUCAGCAGUAUAUAAUACUUGGAGGAAAGUGUAUGCCCACAGAGUUCACUGACUUCUAUCAGUUAUUUCAGUGUACACCUUCUUAUUCAUUACGGUGUUUCUAAUCUUCUUGAUGCACUGAAGUAUUUAUGCAUUUUGCUCCCACAGAUUUUAAUGGGUAUGGUUAUAUGAAAAUUUCUUCAUAAAUAGAUGGAAAGCCCCAAAGAAUCCAUGCUACAAUUCUCCUUAAUGAAACAAAGUAUUCUUGAGAAGAGAAAGAGUUGGGCUUCUGGAAUUUGCAACAGUAGGGCAUACUGAGUUUGUAUCAGUAGAAUUGCACUGACAAUGUUUUACAGAAAUUACUGAUUUUUUUAAAAAAAUAAAAGUAUAUUUUAUAAUCAGGAAAUCAGUAAUACUAGGGUACUGCAAAAUUACUACAGAUGAGCUAACUUUUCUUUCUACAGUGUUAAAAGUGCACUAAUAUGCUGGUUUAUUUACAUCUUGGGGGGAAAAGGUGAAAGAAUGCAAAUAGGGAGAUGGUUACUUUUUUCUUUUUUUUAAAAAAAGGCUUUAGCCAGAUUUUAAAACUUAAGAAAUGUUUAACAACUGUAAAGAAUAAGCCCCUUGGAGGGAAAUUAGAAGAUAUUCUUAAAGUAAUUUUUAUAGUGUUAAUUUUUAAAUAAUUUAUGUUUUACUAUAUUUGGGAGGUGAUGGGUAUAGUUUCAUGAACAAUAUGGAACUUAGGACAAUUUAAGCAAUGUUUAUAUUUUUUUCAUGUACUUUAUGAGUUAUGUUUUAUUGUACAUUUCUUCAGACUGAAAAAAUGUGUACAUAUCUUUGUUAUUUUUGCACAAUUUUUGUCUUCAGUUUUAGAAACAAAGCCUUGAUUUUUUUAGAAAAAUAAUUUAUUUUGUGUUGUACAACUGCAGGAGUUUUCAGAUCUUAGUAACAAAACAAAACACCCUCUAAUUAACUAUCAUUUUCUACUUUUAGAGGGAAAACUGAUGGUGAGAUUCAGUGGCUGCUUCUGAGAAAUAGUGCCACACAGUACCUGAAGGAUUAAUUCAACAAUGUUAAGAAAUCCACACAUCUGUUAUGUAGGAAGCUGGACUUUGGAGAGUGUUCUUGAAUGCUGCUUAUAUAUGUGCAUCCUUUUAUUUUCCUUGGCUUAGGUCUGACAACAUUUUGGAAGCCUAAGUAUUAAAAAACAAAAACCCUCCCAUUCACUUUUGGUUGCCCUCUUCUCUUCAGAAAUAAAAAAUUGCUAUUUAAUUUUCUGUGUACUAAAAUGUUUUGCCUGAAAAACAAAACAGUUUUUAAAAUGGAUAGGAACUGGACCAGCCUGAAAUGUAUUAUUGGAAUAGCAUUCAUUCAAUUGUCAUUCAAAAGUUGUUAGGUUUUGUUUGUUCCUCUCCCCUUCUCCAUUCGCCUGAAGUGAUUCGUUUCCAGCAAUAGAGGCUCAGAAGCUUUGGUUGUUACACAUACGCAAUGCAUAGGCCCGUCAGCCAUAUUUAAAAAAAACGACUUGGAUAACUUGUAUGCCUUCUUUUGUAUCAAUGUUAAAAAAAUGUACAUAAUGCUGAACAACCUUUGUAGAGAAUAGUUUAUACAGCAUAUUCUAUAAUUGCUGAUUCUCAGUGAACUAUUGUUUAAAAGAAAAAAAGAAUUUUCUAUUUACACCUUAUAUUUUGUUAUGCUGUUGACCCAUGGCACUUUAACAAAACUCUGUGGGUUUUGCAUAGCUGGUCAGUCAUGGGGAAUAUUAACUGUUGCACAGAAAUGAAUUUGCACCUCUAUUGUGCUUUCCUACUACAAAUUUUAAAAAAUUUUCCAGAAGACUUUUGAAGAAAGCAUGUCCAAUCAUUCUGAAAGAAAAUGCCAUAUGUGUACAGUCAGUUUCUUUUCUACAAACCCAUAUUUUGUAACACUAAAGUAUUUUCAUUCUUUCUUCUGCACCUUUUAUGUAUUAGCAGUAUCAGAGAGAACCCAUUCCAUGCUUGUGAUAAUUGUGUUGAAAGUAGGUGUAAAUAGUAAACUUCAUGGUUUAGCGUUUUGAAAAAAGGAAAAAAAAAGAACAAACAUGUAUCUGACUGAUACUGCCAUGGUUCAACACCAGGCCUGGAGAUAUUCUCUAGUGAGCGAUUGUAUUUCUUUUUGGUUUUGUUUUGCUUUAUUAUUAUUUUUUUGUAACAUGGCUUUGUAAAUAAAAUAAUUUAUAUGUUUGUAAGAACG